AUGCACCUGCACUGGCCAAUACAGCAGCCACUAGCCACAUGUGACUAUGCACACUUGGAACAUGGCCAGGUAAAUGAAAUGAUGAUUAAGAAAGCUCAGUGCAGAGCCAGACACCUGCCCUCUGUGCUGGCCCAUCGCCACGAAGGCAAGCUGAAAUUCUGGGAGCUCUGGUUUAGGAUCCUAAUGAAUAUAACUAAACCACUGCAGUCCUCAAAGGUCAGACAGUUUGCGGGCAAGGACCAGGAGGCAGAGGGAGACUGGCAGCAGGCUCUGUGGUUCCCGUCCUUCGGAAAAGUCAGCGCCUGGGCCAUGAAGGGCAUCCUUGCUGCAGCUGUCACCGUCGCAGUCACUGUUGCAACUAUCAUCGGCACGCUCACCGUUGCACCUGUAGAAUCCCUCAGCUGCGCGCAGUGUCAGUCAUGGGACAACUCCUGUGUCAACGUUUCUGCCUCUGAGUGUCCCACAGACGCCAACAACAGCUGUAUCAGCUCCACAGCCAGCUCCUCUCUAGGGGCCACCUUAAGCUUGUACCAGGACAUGUCCUGCUCUGCGGAGAACUGCAGUGAGGAGACAAGCACAGUUACCGCCUUCGCCGUCUACGUGUCCGACAACCAAAGCUUCUAUUUUGCAAGCCAGUGCUGCCAAGAAGGGGAGUGCAACGGCACCGCCGAGGACCUGGGCCCUCGGCAGGGAAACGCCACCAGCAACAUAGAGUGCGCUGCUUGUUCCGGGCCCAGCGAGACUUCCUGUGCCGAGAACGCCCACGUCCACAGAUGUUAUGAAGGAGAACAGUGUGUCUCUCUAGUUGCAGCAUUUAAGAAUGAAACGGCGUCUGAGCUUCUCGUGCUGAAAGGCUGUUCAAACAUCAGUGACUCCACCUGUCAGUUCUUGUCUGCUGAAAACAAGACAGUCGGAAGCGUCAUCUUCCAAAACUUUGAGUGUUUCAACUUCUCCACCACUCUGCCCACCACAGUACCCACCACUCUGCCCACCACUCUGUCCACCACUACUGGCACGGGCUCCAAAGCCUCCCUCGCCUCCUUAGCCCUUGCCAGCCUCCUCCUGCUGGGUCUGCUGCUCUGAGGUUCCCAUGGUGCCGCCGCCCCUGCUGUCCCCACCCCUCCCCCUCUACCUGCUCAGGGAGCGGGAGUCUCAGGGCCCC